AUGUCAACUUCGCCACGACGACGGAGAUCUCCUUUAGAACUCGCCUCGUCGCGAUCGUCAUCUUCUUCGUCCUCAUCAUCUCAUGCGUCGUGGACAUCAACAACAACCUCUCCGUCUUCUCGCCUGAGGCCACCACCCCCAUCAACAACAACAUCCACAUCACGACCAUCACCCGCACGCACAACGACCGUGUCAACCUCUCACGUCUUCCUCUUCCUCAUCGCCUUCCGUCUCCUCAAUGCCGUGUCCCUUCGCACUUUCUUUCAACCCGAUGAGUUCUUUCAAUCGCUUGAACCGGCGUGGCAGACUGCGAAUGGCGACACCAUCUGCGGUCUUCCAUCCAUCCUCUGCUAUUUGCUACAAUUUAUUCUAUCGCCGACCUUGCCGCGCGCGCUCUUCAUCUCUCCCCCGCAUUCCGCCGUUCUCUCUGCUAUGGGAGAUCUGUAUACGUGGAAAUUAGCUCGUUACGUGUACGGACGUCGCAGUCAUGAAGCCUGGGCUGCUCUCGCCUUGACCGUCCUCAGCCCCUGGCAAUGGUUCUGUUCGACCCGGACUUUAUCCAAUUGCCUCGAAACCACAAUUACGAUUGUCGCGCUCAAUCUAUGGCCAUGGGAAUGGUCGUCGGAAUCCACACCAACAGUUCAACCGAGGAGGAACACGCGCUCCACUACUAGGGAUACGGGGGGAAAUAGCACCGGCGAUGGAGCUCUUGUUGUCAGACUGCGCAAGUGUCUUACUCUUGCUGCAUUGGCGUGUAUCCUGCGACCGACAAACGUCCUGAUUUGGAUGGGCUUAGCUGGCGUCGCAUGGCUUCGGAGCGCUUGGCGCGAACGGACGAUCCUCUGUCGCGAGGUUUUGCUUUGUGGUGUCUCUGUCCUCGCCGGAUCGAUCGUUCUGGAUCGCCUGUACUACGGGGUUUGGACGUUUCCCCCCCUCAGAUUCCUGUACUUCAACAUAGCCCAGUCUCUGGCAGUCUACUAUGGGAGAAAUGACUGGCACUAUUAUGCGACACAAGGCUAUCCCCUUCUGCUUACGACCGCACUGCCCUUUACCCUUGUCGGCCUAUAUCGUACACUAACCCAGUCUCGGUCAACCACAGCAAACGCUCGGCACGCGUCUGUGCAAAUUCAACUGGCAGCUGUUUGUCUAUUCAUGCCACUGGUGCUCUCGCUCAUCUCCCAUAAGGAAGUGCGGUUCAUCUAUCCGUUGCUGCCCACACUGCAUGUCCUGACGGCCCCGCCGCUGGUGGACUUCUUUCGCCCAGCUGUCUCUCAUUCAAACAGGGCAUACAUGCCCAGACGGCUGUCUCUUGUCUUCUUGUUGCUGGUCAACAUCACUGUUGCAAUUUACACAUCUGUAUACCACGCAUCUGGGGCCAUCAGCAUUCUCUCGUACCUCCGCGACCAGCAGCAAGCUCACAGCACUGUGGACAAAUCCGCAUACUCGCCUGGUGCUUCGCAGCGGAUCACGGCUGGGUUCCUCAUGCCCUGCCACAGCACCCCAUGGCGUUCCCACUUGGUCGAUCCGAACAUUCAUGCCUGGGCGCUCUCUUGUGAACCACCUGUGGACUUGAACGAGUCCCAGAAGGCCGUAUACGUCGAUGAGGCUGACCAAUUCUACAACGACCCCAGCCAAUUCCUGCGCGAGAACAUGGCGGGCGGACUGCGCCAUCUACCUCGAACGCCCAACUAUCUGGCUUCCUCCAAACCUCGGGAAACCAGCGCGCAAGCCUACCAGCAAGCCACUCCGCACGAAUGGCCCGACUAUCUCAUCUUUUUCGCCCAGAUGGAACCCACCCUGCACAGCCUUCUCCGCAGUAGCUCCUACGGCGAGUGUUGGCGCACCUGGAACACCGCUUGGCACGAUGACUCCCGUCGCCGAGGCGACAUCAUUGUCUGGUGCCUCGACUCAAAGGAACAAGCCGCCUGGCGAUCAGCGACGCGGAAGCGUACUCUCGAGCAUCGCGACCAAUGUGCCCGGUCAGCGGAAGUCCUCCCCCUGGUCCCGAUGGACAUCCUCUCUGUCCGGGCGAUCGGCAUCCUCGACCUGGUCCUGGCCCUGGGAACGACGCAGACGGACCUGGUUCGGAAUCCAGUUACCGGUCUGGAAGAAAUCCUCAUGGACCUUGCCAGCAUGGACGUGGCCGAAAUCUACCAAGAAAACCAGAGCCGUUGA